AAGAAGCGCCGAAACAACGCUGGCCCUGAUUCUCCCAUCAUCGAAGACGGUUCAUCCCGCCGCGAGAGUGAAGGCGUAGAUAAUCAUUACGGUGAGGAGUCUGGAGGAGAUGAGGCUGAUGGUUCCCCCAGCAUCGUCCAGCACCGUCCACCCGUUGUACCCGAGCCCAACAUCCCAGGCCGCAUGUAUCCGCCACCCGGCGCUCCUGGUUAUUCCUCCUACGAAGACGCCUACAACUAUCCUUACUACCCUCCAGGACAAGCUCCUUCUCAGCAACAGCCACCUCCUCAUCCUCAAGGAUCCAACCGAUUACCUCCCGUCUGGAGCUCCCAUGAACCCACUCGAUCGCCCUACGAUGGUCCCAAUCGGUCAACAUCCGGCGCUUCCGCCGGUUACUCACCCAUUAACGAAGAUGGUCAGCAAUGGUCCGCAGGUCCUCGUUCUGGUAACGGUGUCUCGAAUCCACCAGGUUGGCAAAAUAUCCUUCAAGCAACUCCGUCCAGUGCAGGCCCUCUGUCUUCAACCCGUGCUCUUCCAAGAACCUCCUCAGCCGAUCAGUCUCCGAUCCAAUCACCUGCUGAAACGCCCUAUGGUACAAAUCGUCCUCCUCGCGAAUGGAAUCAAGGUCCUACCGCUGUCGGUGGCAGUCGUCAGCAAUUCCAGACUCUCAACGCCCCGCUGUAUCCAUCCGGUCAACAUCGUCCUGGACGAAAUAGUCCCCCAUUGUACUCGGGAGGGAAUGGUCCGAGUCCAGGGAUGGCAGGUGGAAGUGGUCCGUCAGGACUAGGAGCUUAUGCAAGUACGUCGCCAAACAUCACUACUUUGGUUCGAUCGCCCGUACUUCCGGCGAUUUCGACACUCGAUGGGCAUACGCCGCAUUUGUCGUACUCGACUCCGCAGCAACCAUCGUCUAAUUUAAGAGAGACUGGGUACUCUCCACAUUUGCCCCCCAUUGGAGGUCGUUCAAGUACUCACGGAAACCACUCUUCAGACAGUAAUUCUCGCCCAUUUAAUCCUCCCUUUGGCAGCCGCGAUGGUCCAACAGACCCCUGAUCUUCUCUACUACUACUACUACUAUCAAGAAAUGGUUUUCCCGUUUUUUUUUUUUUCCGGCAACUCGUUCACGUUCAUUUGCUGUCCUUUUGUGGUUUGGAACGGGUCGCGACAGCUCUUCGGCUCAACACGGUAGGCAAGGUGGACAAGUGCAUGGGAAGAAGGGGGGGGGGGAAGGCAACUGGGAUUUGUUCAUCAUCAUCAUCAUCAGGAGAAAUAACAAUAAUAGCGAUUCCGGCCCAGUGCACCUUCCCACCGGUGAACUCUUUCUCUUGUGUUCUUUUUUUUUUUUACAACUCUUUCUUAAUCACCAACCCACCAACCACCACUUGUUUCACAACGUUGAGGUCGGAGCCAUUAGAUGAAAAACAAAAAUAAU